UCGUUCGUAUAUAGACUUACCCCUAGUGCAACACCAUCAUUGUAUUGGUUGUCAGUGGGAGGAAUAGUGCCCAUCAUUAGUAUUAGUGGGAGGAAUAGUGCCCCAUCAUUGGUAUCAGUGGGAGGAAUAGUGCCCCCAUCCCCUCAUUGUCAGUAUCCGCCACAGUGGGUGUCAGGGAGGAUAGUGCCCAUCAUGGUCAGUGGGCAGGAAUAAGUGCACCAUCAUUAAUCAGUGGCAGGAAUAGUGUCCCAUCAUUUGGUAUCAGUGGGAAAAGCACCCCUCAACAUUAGUAUCACUAGUGGAAUAGUGCCCCCAUCAUUGGUGUCAUACAGGCCCCAUCCAAGAGUGUAACAGUGGGAGGCAUAGUGCCAAACAUCAUUAGCAAGCGUUCAGGGUCAGUGCCGGUGGUCAGGAGGUAGGUAGCGCCCCAUUUCACAUUGGUGUCAGUGGGGAGGAAUAGCACCCCAUCAUUAGUAUCACUGGCAGGAAUAGUGCCCCAUCAUUGGUGACAGUGGAAGGAAUAG